AGCGUGACCGGCCCCCUGCUCCCGUGGCGUGCGUGUGUGUGUGUGUGUGGUCCGUCGUCAAUCGAUUGAUUGAUUAGUCAUCAUAGUGGUCGGGGCACGCCUUGAUCAAAUCUGCACAAACAGAGCGGGCGAGCGUCCUUGUCUUGGUGUGUGUGCAUGGGCAUGGGAAAGGUUGGUGUGUGGUCUGGCUGGUUUGUUUGUUCGCUGACCCUCGGCGGAAAUGGUGGCAGCCCAAGUGGCCAGGACGUCAGACGCGCUCGUCGUGUGGUGAGAGGGGGUGCCGCACGAACCAGACGGAGACAACUGAUUCAAACACAACAUAGAGACGUGAAAGUGGUCGACCAGCGGCAUGGCUUAGGUCUGUAUGUGCCUUUGUCUCCCCCAACCCACCUGUGCCAUGAAGGGCGGCAUGCCACCCAUGCCGUGCACCGCUGCCUGGUCCAUGUAGGGGUAGUCUACCCCGCCCCCACACAUGCCGCUCACGUCGCCUCCCAUCAUCAUGACGCUCGAGAAGUCGGGGUGCGACGGGUGGCCCACACCCACACCCACACCGACGCCAAUGUCGUCACUCGCGCCAACAGGGCGAUGAUGGGCGUGCGAGUGGUGCAUCCCAUACGAGCCGUCGUGCGAGUGGCCGCGGUGCAGCGGGGCAUGGCCACCAUUGCUGUCGCUGGACCCUGCUGGACCACCGGUGCCACCGCCCAUGGCCACCGGGAGGGGCACGCCAUUGCCGGUGGUGAGACUCACCACCGACUCGAAGCACGGUCCACCGGCCGCAAAGGCGUGUGGGUGGCUGGGGAUGGGCGCCGGCGGCGGCGCCCCCUGCCCCUGCUGCUCGUGGUUGAUGAGGUGGUUGCGGAUGCGUGUGGAGGGGUCCAUUUCGCUCUCGCUGUCCGACCCGCCGCUCUGGGUGGGCGACUCCUCACUCGAGUAGCGGAAACUCACCGUGUCGCUCGACCCGCUGCGCUCGUGGUACACCGACCCCGCACCCAAUGGCUCGGUGGGCACGUCGGUCGAGUCAACGCUGCCCGCCCCGCACGAGUCGGUGGUGCAGUGGCCCAGGUCGUCGUUGGAGGUCUGGUGGGGGAUCUGGGUGUUGCUGUGGGUGUUGCUGUGGGGUGCGACGCCCAGCAGUGCGUGUAGGGGGUCGGCUGGGAGGGGAGGGGGCGGCGGCGGGGGCAGGUGGUGGGGCAGUGAAGGGGUUGUGGUGGUCGAACGCGACGGGGGAGACGAAUCGCGAACGCUCAGCACCGUCGGCCUGGGGAAGGAAGCGAGACACACAACACCCACAACACAAGUAGCUCGGAUGCGAUGCUUGCCAUGGCUGUGUCUGUGCGCGUCGUGUCCCGUCCCUUUGUUACAUGUUUCGUUUGGGCGUGUAUCGUCUGGCAUGGUGUGGCUGGUGGUGCUGCGACGAGUGGUGGGGACGCAACACACGGGGACUGCUGCCAUCUGAUCCAACCAACACACACACACACACAGACACACACACAGGCAGGCAGAGGAAGGCAGCGAUUAUGUGAUGCACACAUGACGAUAUGCAGAUAGACACAAACGGCACACACGUCUGUCUGUCUGCCUGUCUGUCUGUCUGUGUGUAUGUGUGUAUGUGUGUAUGUGUGGUUGCGUUGGUUCAGACAUCUAAGGAAGUCCUCAUUUGACUCGCUGCGGCGCAUCACAGCUCGUCAUGAGAGUACACUGCGAAUGUAGAGACGUUCCUUUGCUAUCAUCAUCACUCACUCACUCACUCACUGACCAACCAACCGACUGCCUGCCUGCCCCUCCCUCCCUCACUGCCUGCCUGCCUGCCUGUCUGCCUGGCUGGCGCACCCGCGCCCCCAUUAGCUCACCGUGUCCUAUGUUGGCAGAGUUGUCCUUGGUGCGGUUGUGUGCAGUCGACUGGUCGGCCUCUUGGGUGGCUGCCUCGAUAGGCAUGGGGUGGUGUGGGUGGUGAGAGGGGCGGUGGUGGUGGGGCUGUCCAUGGUGUCCACCGUGACCGUGACCAUGGUGCGGGUGCCCGGUGUUGCCGAUGCGCGCCACGUGCAAGUUGCUGCCUCCAUACCCAUGACCUGACCCGCCACCGCCAUUGCCCCCGCCCACCCCGUUGCCGUCCUCGUCGAGACCGCACAGGGGAUUCAGCUCACGCUGCCCAUGGGCGAACUUGCACGAUGGGUCGUUGCAGCGACCCUUCAGCCACUGACCACACAACUUGGUCUGGUGGACACACACACAGAGGGACAGAGGGAGAGACACGACCAUGUGUGUCGUGCUCGCUGAUCCAGGCCUUGUGGUCCCCUCCUAUGCGUGUUGGCGUACCUUUCGCAGGUCGGGGAUGGACCGCAUUUCCUCGGCUGAGUGCGCGUAGGUGCAGUUCUCGCGAGUACACCGACCCUCCUGCACACGCACACACCAAAAUCAAAGUCACCACACAGAUGGAUGGAGCACCGGCGUCCCCCAGUGUCAGAGACGAGAGUACCUACCAUAAAAAAUUUGCAGAACUUAGUCUUCCAACACCUGUUGUUUGUCAAUCAAGACACACAGAGAGCACACAGGCAGACAGCGAGCAGACAAUGAAUCACCCAGCAGCGACAGAGUGGCCUGACUGGCGGAUCUGUGCCCAGGCACACGCGAGGUGCCACCACUCAUCCCCCUGCCCUCCGCAGUGCCCUCCCGUCGUGCCCUGCCCACUGCCCUCUCUGGCUGCUGAGUGCGCGUGCGCUGCUCCCCUGUGCGCACCUGGCUGAGAGGCGUGACGGCAACGCGUGAUGGUUAGUCAUCGUGGUCGUGUCGUUCAUCUUAUGCUCUCAGCAACUCCUCCGUCAUAUAAUGGCAGGUCACCAGCGCCGCCUGAAGGAGAUCGAUCGACACAGAUCUCCGCUGCAACACACUCUUCUACGACUAACGGUCUUCGGCAGAGCAAACGAGGGAGGAGGGAAAGCGCCAAAG